AUGGCCAGCGAGGCGCAAUACACAAUCCAAAGAGAGGAGGCCGCUCCUCAAGCGCUUAGCACAGUGGGUGCGGGUGGCGCAGUGGGUUUGUUCAUUCUCGGUCUGCUGAACAACUUGCCCUAUGUCGUGAUUCUUACCGCGGCCAUUGAGCUGCUUCCUUCGCAUGUACCUACUGGACUCCUUGCGUUUGUGAAUAUUGCACCGGCAUUGCUGGCCAAGGCAAUCUUUCCGUACUUUCUAAAAGGCGAGAUUUGGUAUGCCCACCGUGUUGUGGCGUGCGUAUCGGCCGCGUUUAGUGGCAUGCUGAUCACGGCGUUGUUUAGUUCGUUGAUUGUGCGUCUCUCUGGAAUUGCACUUGCGAGCUUUGUGAGUGGGCUGGGUGAGGUCACCUACCUGCAAUACACGACGCGCUAUCCAUACAAUGUCACGGCGCAGUGCGUCGGCUGGUUUGCCAGUGGUACGGGAGCUGCGGGCCUUGCGGGCGCUUUGGCAUGGUGGAUUGUGCGUCCUUUGGGCGUGCGCACGGGCCUUGGCGCACUGUCGCUUCUUCCGUUUGGGAUGGCGAUUGCCUUCUUUGGCCUCUUGCCUACUCCGCCUAUGUCGUCGACUUCGAGGCGGUCGGGUCAGAGUAGCGACGAGGCAGCUCAAUCGCUCAUGGGACCCGAGACCAAUGGGGAGGAUGAUGCAGUGGAAGAGCCAAGGCAGCAGCCUGCCGAGUCCCUCUCCUUUGCGUACAAGAUGCAGCUUCUACGCCCCAUGUUCAUCCCUUAUAUCCUUCCCCUCGUUACUGUCUACUUUGCAGAGUACACUAUCAACCAAGGCAUCGCACCUACUCUCCUGUACCCCGUUCCUGACGCAAGCAAGCACUGGCUCCUUUCGACCAUGAUUCACACGCUGCGCGAUUACUACCCUCUAUACCAGCUCACAUACCAGACGUUUGUCUUUUUCUCGCGCUCCUACACUUCUGUACUUCGACUGCCUGCGAUCCCCAAAAAGUGGCUGUGGGCGCCUGCGAUGGUGCAAGGGUCGCUCAUGUUCUUCCUCACCACCGAGAGUGUCUUUGCAUGGUUCCGCGAGUCGAUUGCGCGCUCGCUGGUCAUUGUACUCAUUGCCGUGGAGGGCCUUGCAGGCGGUGCUGCUUAUAUCGGCAGCUCGGAUCGCGCAACGCCCAAUGGAGCGCAACCGACCGCAUUGCAACGGCAAGAGUACGAGUUCCGUAUCGGAUCUGUCGGCCUCGGCGACUCUUUCGGCAUCCUGUUGGCGUCUAUUGUCUCCAUCCCCUUCCAGGUGUUGCUCUGUGAUGCGCAAGUGGCGCGAGGUCGUGAUCUGUGCACGCGCGUGUAA